AUGUCAUCAACAAACGUUGAACAAAUUGCCGGUUAUAGUUUAAGUGAUUUCAAGAUUAUCAAAAUUAACUUUUGGGGAGGUGAAAAGGAUACUCAGCAACGCUUAGAAUCUGCCAUAUUUGAAGACUUAAAUCGUUAUUGUUGGAAUCAACAUAAUGCUGCCAAUAUUUCAAUUUCAACUGCUACUACAAACAGUGGCAAUAAUUCAGUUCCUCAAGUGCCUAACAAUAGUGAUGGACAGAUUUACACCAUAACCGUUCUGAACAGUUCAUCGACAAAUCAAUGGUUGAGACGAGACGAGUCAACCAAUGUCAGUGAACAACCAAACGGAUUGGAUAUAAACCUAGACACAAUUUUGAAUAAUUACCCUUACAUUAAACAAGAAAACUUCUCGUAUGAAGAUAGUGGCUUCGGAACAACCGAAAACACCAAAGAAGAUGCAAAUUUUCAACAAUCAUUGCUACGUUCAGCACUGCAAGGAAAAGGUUAUGGAAAAACUAUGUCAUUACAAAAUGGAAUAACAGUGAUUCCAGGUCCAAGUCUUGAGAAAGAAGAAGAACUCCGACGUGUUUUGUUCACAAAUGAUCAAGAAACUCUUACGUUUGCCGAUUCAACGCUGUCUAAUUCAAUAUUCGAUGACACUCAAAAUCCUCAAUCAACACUUUCGCAGCAUGUCUCAGGUGUUGUUGACGACAUGUUCCUUACAUUAGACACCGCUUUCACUGACGAUUUCGAGAAGAUGAAACGUAUUGCAAGCGAUGUACAACAAUAUUGCGCGAUUGAUAAUCCGGGGAAUAGUUACAAUGAAGUUACUGCAAUCGAUAAUAAUGCCAUUAAUACUACAACAAUUCUAUCAGCAAAUGAUCUUUCAAACAAUAAUUCGUUAAUUAUUAACAACCAUAACAACUCGGAAAAAAUUAAUAAAACUAAAAAUAAUGGAAUUAAAACAACAACAACGAAAAAGUACAAAAAAAUGGUUAAUAAUAACAAAACGAUUGAUAAAAUAAUGAACAAUAAUAACAAUACGAAUACCAUGAACAACAAUCUGAACAAUAAAAGUAUUGUAAAUUGUUCAGCAGCCGUCAAUACCAAUAAUACUACCGCGUCUGUGAUGCAGUCAAACAAUUUAAACCAGGGAAGUUCCACAUUGUGCAACGGUAUUAGAAAAGAGCGAUCACUUCACUAUUGUUCGAUAUGUUCGAAAGGAUUCAAGGAUAAAUACUCGGUAAACGUUCAUAUACGCACUCAUACUGGUGAGAAACCUUUCGCUUGUAGCUUGUGUGGCAAAAGCUUUCGACAAAAAGCUCACUUAGCGAAACAUUACCAGACACAUUUACAAAAGAGUGCAAAUGGAUCUGCGAAAACAAAGUACAAUCAGAAACAUUCGAUUGUGAAUGCGCAAUCUCAAUCUAUCUCACACUCUUCUAAUCCUAAUGUGAUAAAUAUUUAA